AAUGCUGCUGGCACCUCCUUGGACGGGACUCUGCCGAGCGCUGUCUCCCUCGUCAGAGGAGGUGAUUGGUGGCGGUGUUUCAGAGACAUUUCACAGCUUCAACUUCACCUUAGCGCUACUCUGAUGUCACGAAGAAGUGUCCGGACUUUCUGUGCUCUACGAAAAGUUAUUAAUGAUUUGUUAGCGCCCGAGGGCGUAGCCAUCACAAAAUGAAGAGAAAAAAAAGGAGAUAUAUAUAUUUAUUUACUUUGAUCAAGCUAAACUCAUGAGAUGUCCUAAGAUUGGGGUUCUUAUAACUGCUCAAAGAUGAUGCAAUAUCACAAUUCAAAGUUUUGAAACACAAACACCCGUCAGUAUGUUUAUGUGUCAUUAUAUCACCCCACUGCCCCCUCUGGACUCGACCUCGGUCAGCUCUCUUUCCUUCCCCCUGGCCGAGCAGCUGACUAGACAUAGCGUAAUUAUUGUUUUUAAUGUGGAACCAAGGCGCACAAUGUAGCCUACGUAGUUAUCAGUUCCCCCACAUCCAAGCGAUGCUCGCACCACGCAACAGCCUAUCAGCAAGUGCCACGACAGACACACGUGAUCGCGGACUCACUUAUCAGUUUUCUCCAACGUUGUUCAGGGCCACGUGAAUUUUAGUGAACAAAACGGAGAGCACGCACGUGUUACACCACACAGUGUUUGCGUUUAAUUAUUAUGGAAGAUUUUCAUAAAAAAAAAAAUUAAAUAAACUGAUUACUGCAAUGUCUUCGACAGUGGAACCUUCGACAACAAACGAAUACAUAUGGCGAGCUGCAGAUGCCGAACAGCUCGCUGCAGGCGAGCCUCCAGUCCGGGCCGGGCGCCGUGCUGUCCCAGCUGUGCGCCAUCUGCGGGGACCGCGCCACGGGCAAGCACUACGGCGCCCUGUCCUGCGACGGCUGCAAGGGCUUCUUCCGCCGGUCCGUGCGCAAGUGCCACUCCUACACCUGCAGGUUUCACAGAAGCUGUACCAUAGACAAGGACAAAAGGAACCAGUGCAGAUAUUGCAGACUUCGGAAAUGUUUCAAGGCAGGCAUGAGAAAGGAAGCCGUGCAGAACGAGAGGGACAGGAUCAGCUCCCGCCGGCCCAGCUACGACGACCAGGCCCCGGGAAACGGCCUGUCCGUGAUGUCUCUGCUCAACGCAGAGAUGCUGGCUCGACAGGUCUGUGCCGCACUUGAGCAGAUGAACUUACCUGAAGCUGACUACGACCUGUCAAACAAGCAAAUAGCGAACAUCAAUGACGUGUGCGAAUCGAUGAAACAGCAGCUUCUUAUUCUGGUUGAAUGGGCAAAAUACAUCCCUGCGUUUACAGAGCUGUCCUUGGACGACCAGGUGGCGCUGCUGCGGGCCCACGCGGGGGAACACCUGCUCUUGGGGCUGGCGCGCCGCUCCAUGCACCUCAAGGACGUUCUGCUGCUGGGCAACAGCUGCAUCAUCCCUCGGCAGACCAGCCCGAAAUCUGACACUGCUUCAGACCUGGACAUCAGCAGAGUGGGCAGCCGUGUAAUGGAUGAACUUGUCAAGCCCUUCAGCGAAGUCCAGUUGGAUGAUACAGAGUUCGCGUGCCUCAAGGCCAUUGUGUUUUUUGAUCCAAACGCGAAGGGCCUCAGCGACCCGGCGCGCAUCAAGAUGCUGCGCUACCAGAUCCAGAUGAACCUGGAGGACUAUAUCAGCGACCGGCAGUACGACUCGCGGGGGCGCUUCGGCGAGAUCCUGCUGGCGCUGCCCGCCCUCCAGUCCAUCACGUGGCAGAUGAUCGAGCAGAUCCAGUUCGCCAAGCUGUUCGGCGUCGCCCGCAUCGACAGCCUGCUGCAGGAGAUGCUGCUCGGAGCACCCGGGACAGGGCGAGACGCUGGAGACUGGUGGCGACUGCCCGCAGGUGCCACCGGGGACGCCUCGCAGACCGGCGUCGCCACGCCGGGCAGCUACCAGGCCACCAGCUCGGCUGGCUCGCCCGCCAGCCCCCUGACCCCUUCGGGGGCCUCGCACUGCGGCAGCCCCCCGCAGCCCUCCGUGGUGAUCCUGCGCGAGAUCCCGCAGCUGAGCGUCGAGCACGCCCACUCGUACCGUGUCGCCUUCAAGCAGGAGCCCAGCCUGGACGCCGAGCCCGGCUACUAGCCCUCUCUCCCGGGCCCUCUCCGCCUCGCCUCGCCUUGACGUGCCCGUUCCUGGUCGAGACACCUAGGGUUGUGCCAACGCAGCUGUGCUUUCAGAAAACUAAACCAUAGUUAGGGAACACAUGUGGAAUUCAAAUUAAUUUUUUAAAUAUAAUUUAACUUAAAUAUGCAAAAUUAUCUUCGUUGCAAACUCCUCGAACACUUGUGAAAAAAAAACCUCUGCAUAAAUUUGCAAACUCGAUAGCAUUGCUAUUCAUAAUGCCACUUUUUAAUUUGAGAUCAAAAAUCAGUAAAAAAGAUUAUUGAAUUUCACAAGACUGAAAUAAAACAUUUACACUACAGCAAAAUGUUUUAAAAUCCCAUUUUACAAAAAUUUCUUGCAUAAUAAGUAGAAAUAUAAGCAUUGUACCUAUAAAUACAUAAAAUUUUACCCUUUUAAUAAGUCUGAACAUAUAAGUAUAUUGAUAAUUUUUUUGAAAGCGAUUUAAUGAAUUUCAUGCACGAGUGUGGUGACAAAAAAAUUUUAAGGUCAGAGGUAAUCGUACAGGUUGUCCUACAAUCAAGCGGAUUUAUAAUUUAAGUAAUCCUAUAUGACUGGAUGAAUAUGAUAUAAUGUGAAGCAUGCAAGGAUUGAAUCAAUAGUUUAAAUAUUCACUCUUUCCGUAAAGAAGAGUGUAAUCAACUUCCUACUAUAACAAUUGACUGAAAAUUCUCUUUUUGAAAUUGUGUAAAAAUUUAAGGAUUUAUUUUCAUUAUUUAUCGAGUUUCCAAACUUCUGAAGUUAUGUUUAUAAAACCGGUAGCUAACUAAUCAAACUCACAAGGUAUUUUAAAUUUAUUUUUAGCAAGAAUGAAAUGGACAAAAAAUUAUUAUUUUUAAUUUUCACACAAACUUCUGAGUUGGAAACUACAGUAAGCAAACAUAUCAUAAUCAUUUAUUGUAUGUUUUUUAUUUCUUAAUUAACUAUUGUUGUAAAUCGAAGUGAACAGCCCUGUGAUAAUACAAUUGUAAUGGUGGAUAUUCGUGUGAAGGUAGUUAGAUAUGUGGGGACUCUUAUUUGUUAUUAACAGCUGAUGUGAUUAUGAAUUAGUUUUAAAUGAACUGUAGUGUAAGAGAUUGAAAACUGUUAUAGACUAAUGGUAGUAUUUUUAUAGUAUAAUAAUGACAACAGAGAAAGUAUUUUACUAUCAUUAUCAUAUUCACAUUGGUAAAUUUUCACUUUCGUGUAGUGACUUAAGAUGUUUAUAGGUUUUUCAGGCAACUUCGGUAAGAGUUGCAAUUGCCAGUUUAAAAGCACCAAAAAUUGAAUUUGUAUAAAAUAUAUUUAUAUUAAUAUUUAAUGUAGGUACAACACUUGCCAUUCUUAACUGAAAUACUUAAUUGUGUGGGAACAGUAAAAUAGCAUACAAUUUUAGAUCUCAAAAUGAAAUCCUAGAAAGAUAUGCAUAUCAAACAGUUUCCAAAACUUGCAAUUAUAAAUGCAUGGUAUACUCACCAUAGGCAUAAUUAUUAAAUAGUACGUAUAUGCUACUACACUAUUGUAGGGCAUUUAAUAAAUAGAACAGUUAUUUCUCAUUAUUUCAAUAAAUUAUUUUGUGGAAGGAGAAAGUGAUAGUUUCUCAAAACUACACUAGAACCUCGAUAAUCCGAGCUGGAUGGGACCGGGGCCAACUCGGAUUAUCAGAACCUCGGAUUAUUGGAAAUACGAAUAAAAACACGCAAAAUCAAUUUCUAAUACAUAUGUCGAUGUUUUAAUAAAAAUAAAAUACAAACAUAUUGAAAGGCAGAUUAGAAAUAUAUACAUAAUUAUUAUUUUUUAAAAUAAUAUAUUAUUGUUAUUUUGUUUUUUAAUGCUCCUUGCUUCUCAGCUGCUCGUGU